AUGUUCAUGCAGGGCACCCAGAGGAGGCUGCUGGGCUCCCUCAACUCCAGCUCCGCAGCCACCCCUCACCUCGGGCUGGCUGCCAACCACACAGGGCCCCGGUGCCUGGAGGUGUCCGUUCCCGACGGGCUCUUUCUCAGCCUGGGGCUGCUGAGCGUGCUGGAGAACGUGCUGGUGGUGGCUGCCAUUGCCAAGAACCGCAACCUGCACUCGCCCAUGUACUCCUUCAUCUGUUGCCUGGCUGUGUCCGACCUGCUGGUGAGCCUGAGCAACGUGCUGGAGAAGGCGUUCAUCCUGCUGCUGGAGGCGGGCGCCCUGGCCACCCGGGCUGCUGUGGUGCAGCAGCUGGACGACCUCAUCGACGUGCUCAUCUGUGGCGCUAUGGUCUCGAGCCUCUGCUUCCUGGGUGCCAUUGCUGUGGACCGCUACAUCUCCAUCUUCUAUGCGCUGCGAUACCACAGCAUCGUCACACUGCCCCGGGCAUGGCGGGCCAUCUCAGCUAUCUGGGUGGCCAGUGUCCUUUCCAGCACGCUCUUCAUCGCCUACUACAAUCACACAGCCGUCCUGCUUUGUCUUACCAGCUUCUUUGUAGCCAUGUUGGUGCUCAUGGCUGUGCUGUACGUCCACAUGCUUGCCCGGGCAUGCCAGCACGCCCGGGGCAUCGCCCGGCUCCAUAAGAGGCGGCGUCCCGUCCACCAGGGCUUUGGCCUCAAGGGCGCCGCCACGCUCACCAUCCUGCUGGGUGUUUUCUUUCUCUGCUGGGGCCCCUUCUUUCUGCACCUCUCACUCAUGGUCCUCUGCCCUCAACACCCCAUCUGUGGCUGCGUCUUCAAGAACUUCAACCUCUUCCUCACCCUCAUCAUCUGCAACUCCAUCGUUGACCCCCUCAUCUACGCCUUCCGCAGCCAGGAGCUCCGAAAGACGCUCCAAGAGGUACUGCUGUGCUCAUGGUGA